AACAUCACAUCAGGAUCUGAUGGAGUCGCCUAAUUUAUCUUAAACUGAGUAUCUUCAGAUUUUGAACAUGGAAGGAAAAAGCACCGUUCACAGUGGGGAGAAACCGUACACGUGUUCUGUGUGUGGACGAGGCUUCAGCCGAUCAUCUGACCUGACGGAGCAUAAAUGCAGUCACAACGGAGAGAAACCAUGGAAAUGUGGGGACUGUGGGAAGAGAUUCAAAUCCCCAUUGGAACUGGGAACUCAUUGGUGCACCCACACUGGGGAGAGACCAUUCACUUGCUCUGAGCAUGGGAAGGGAUUCACUCAAUUGGCCAACCUCAUGGGACACCAGCGAGUUAACACAGAUGAGAGACCUUUUAAAUGCCCACAGUGUGAGACGUGCUUCAAAAGUUCUGUGGAACUAAAGUCCCAUCAACGUGUUCACACUGAUGAGAGACUGUUCAGGUGCUCUCACUGUGGGACUGGGUUCAGACGAUCAUGUCAACUCAUCGCACACCAGCGAGUCCACACUGGAGAGAGACCGUUCACCUGUUCCCGGUGUGGGAAGGGAUUCAUUCAGUCAUCCAGCCUUCUGCUGCACCAGAGAGUUCACACUGGAGAGAGGCCAUUUACCUGCUCCGAAUGUGGGAAGGGAUUCAGUCAGUCAUCCCACCGUCUAAGGCAUCAGAGAGCUCACACUGGAGAGAGGCCAUUUACCUGCUCCGAAUGUGGGAAGGGAUUCAGUCAGUCAUCCCACCGGCUAAGGCACCAGAGAGCUCACACUGGAGAGAAGCCAUUUACCUGCACCGAAUGUGGGAAGGGAUUCAGUCAGUCAUCCAACCUGCUGAGACACCAGAGAGUUCACACUGGAGAGAGGCCAUUUACCUGCUCCAAAUGUGGGAAGGGAUUCAGUCAGUUAUCCUACUGGCUAAGACACCAGAGAGUUCACACUGGAGAGAGGCCAUUUACCUGCUCCGAAUGUGGGAAGGGAUUCAGUCAGUCAUCCAACCUGCUGCUGCACCAGAGAGUUCACACUGGAGAGAGGCCAUUUCCCUGCUCCGAAUGUGGGAAGAGAUUCAGUCAGUCAUCCCACCGGCUAAGACACCAGCAAGUUCACAAGUAACUGUCGUGAUGGGAUUUUGGUCUUAAUAACAUUCAGGACUGAAGUAUGUUCAUUAUAGUGUGUUUCUGUAGAGACUAAUAAACUCCAGCCCACUUAGAUAAAAGUCAAAUAAAUAAGCAUUGUGUUAAACACAAUGUGUUGAACCUUUUUACUAUUUUUAACACGUUAGUUCCUUUUUGAUGUUAAUAAACUCCAGCCCAGUUAC